UCGAAAUAGAAAAGAAAAAAAGGGAGGUUUGGGAUGAUUUUGAAAUCUUUUCUACUAGGGAAUCCAGUAUCCUUAUGCAUGAACAUAAUAAAUUCGGUCGUUAUGGUCGGACUCUAUUAUGGAUUUCUGACCACAUUCUCCAUAGGGCCCUCUUAUCUCUUCCUUCUCCGAGCUCGGGUUCUGGAAGAAGGAGAAGAAGGAACCGAGAAGAAGGUAUCAGCAACAACGGGUUUUAUUGCGGGACAGCUCAUGAUGUUCAUAUCGAUCUAUUAUGCGCCUCUGCAUCUAGCAUUGGGUAGACCUCAUACAAUAACUGUCCUAGCUCUACCGUAUCUUUUGUUUCAUUUCUUCUGGAACAAUCACAAACACUUUUUUGAUUAUGGAUCUACUACCAGAAAUUCAAUGCGUAAUCUUAGCAUUCAAUGUGUAUUCCUGAAUAAUCUCAUUUUUCAAUUAUUCAACCAUUUCAUUUUACCAAGUUCAAUGUUAGCCAGAUUAGUCAACAUUUAUAUGUUUCGAUGCAACAACAAGAUGUUAUUUGUAACAAGUAGUUUUGUUGGUUGGUUAAUUGGUCACAUUUUUUUCAUGAAAUGGGUUGAAUUGGUAUUAGUCUGGAUACAGCAAAAUAAUUCUAUUCGAUCGAAUAAGUACAUUCGAUCGAAUAAGUACCUUGUGUCAGAAUUGAGAAAUUCUAUGGCUCGAAUCUUUAGUAUUCUCUUAUUUAUUACCUGUGUUUACUAUUUAGGCAGAAUACCGUCACCCAUUGUUACUAAAAAAUUCAAAGAAACCUCAGAAACGGAAGAAAGGGGGGAAGGCGAGGAAGAAACAGAUGUAGAAAUAGAAACAACUUUCGAAACGAAGGGGACUAAACAGGAACAAGAGGGAUCCACCGAAGAAGAUCCUUCUCUUUUUUCGGAAGAAAAGGAGGAUCCGGACAAAAUCGAUGAAAGGGAAGAGAUCCGAGUGAAUGGAAAGGAAAAAACAAGGGAUGAAUUCAACUUUCAAGAGACAUUCUAUAAAGAUAGCCAAGUUUAUAAAACUUCUUAUAUGGAUGGGAAUAAAAAUAAAGAGAAUUCGAAGUUAGAAAUAUUUAAAGAAGAUCCAUUUUUUUUUUUUUUUAAAAAACCUCUUGUGACUCUUCUUUUCGACUAUAAACGAUGGUGUGGAGUCCAACUUGGAAGGCCCUGCCGACUCAUCGUUUAACCCUGCAAAUCAAAUAUGGCAGAAACGCUUAAAGCUCAAGGACAAAGAGUUGAUGCAGACUCGAUCUGUGUUUACGUCACUGUCUUAUGAGUUGGCGGCUUUUCCGUUUUUAUUAUUAGGUGUUCAUUCGCUGGGCCAGCAGUGGUCCCAGGGUUGUUUGUGGUACCCACGAGUUUGAUAUCCACUGGAAAAAAAUAAGAAAUUGUUCACUGGUAUCGAUCUCGAUUGGUUCGAAAAAAGAAUCGGACCAACUCUUCCAUCAGUGGAUGAGAUGGGUAUCCCUCCAAUUACUGGUCGUCUAGGUUGUAGUGUUGAGGGAGGGGGAAAAGACGGAUAUUUGCCAUAGGUAACUAUAUCAAUCAGAGGUUAUUAUGACCAGUCCAUGACUGGUUGGCUGAAGUUCUACGUCGCAUCCCAAUGGAUGGAACCUUUGAACAAAGCCGUCCUCUAGACAGAUUAGUUGGCAGUAGGAUUUGUUAUUCCUUCGAUUUGAAAUCAGCCACGGAUAGAUGGCCGUUGUUAUUUCUCUUCGAAGUUAUGCAAUUCCUAUUUGAUCGGUCGUUCGCUUCCAGCCUUGUUAAUUCGACGUUGGCUUGGAACAUAUUUGAGAAAACUUUUGUUAAACGAAAGUUUUCUCAAAUAGCGUUUGUGGCUGGACAACCGUUAGGAUCUCAUGCGUCUUGGCCUCUGUUUGCACUAUCUCAUCAUCUUUUGAUUUGGUAUUGUGCAGACCAGGUGUAGGUGUAUCCAGGUGUUCGCUUUACUAAGUACGGUGUACUCGGUGAUGACGUUGUCAUCGCUGAUAAGGAAGUGGUUAAGGUCUAUGAGUCUGCUCUUGGAAAAUUAGGAGUAACAAUAUCCUAUCAUAAAUCCCUGAUUUCGGAGAGCGGUUCUGCCGAAUUUGCCAAGAGAUUCCGAGUUCGAGAUUGAAGUGUGGACCUAAGUCCUAUCUCAAUCAAGAGCUUGAUGAAUUCCCAUCAUCCAUGUGGGAUCAUGGCCAUCCAUCUUAAGUACGGAAUCAAGCGAUUUAGUACACUUGCUCAUAUAAGUGGUGCUGGCUAUAGAGUCUUGGCAAAAUUGGAUCAUACCGGGUCUACGCACACCGAGCGCAUCCUGUCUAUGUGGACCAAGAUGUCCUUGCCAUUAGAAUUGUGGCUUGGACGGGGUCGUCCUUUAAAUCCUUAUUUGAGGGGCGUGAUCCUUGACUUCUUAAUAAAAGAAAUGAAGCCAAGGGAUCUUUCAUUACCUCCAGAUGCUCUAUUUGUGAGCAAGCGGGUAUGAAAGAUUUCUUAGAAUGGUCCACCUUAAGAGUAUGGGUUAAGGACUGGCUACGGUACUGUCGAUGAAACUACUGUACCCUAGAGAACCCUGAUGGAAACAUCCAAGAUGCACCUAUUGUAAAUCGGAAAUGGAAAAUCACUCGGACAGAUCCUCAUCUUGUUCGAUUUGGUCUUCUGUGGAAGAUUUUCGCUAUGAUUUCAUUAAAGGGACUAGAUUUUCAGUUACCUAUACUCGAAAGUUCUAGUUCACCAUUAUCUGGUUAUCUCUUGGGUGGGAUCUCUGGUACAGACUUCCUAGUAAAAUCGUGUGGUUGUGACCAACCGCACGCUGGAAGAGGAGUAAUCCAUCCUGGGGUUGAUAGCCCUUUGAUGGGUAGUCCUCGACCAAUGAAGUCCAUCAGGUAAAUGUAUUUUUCAAUAAAAAAAAAAAAAAAAGUUUUGUAGUGAUCCUCGGAAUAUUAAUGAUACAUAGAAGGAUAUCUAUGUAUAUCCUUUCAAUUCAAAAUUUUGAAAAAGAAUAUAAUAAUCGAACAUUUCUUCUUUUUCAUUUCUGCCAAAUAUUUUUUAUUGAUGCUAAUAGUUUAGCAGGAGAACUUGUUUUAUUAGAACUAAUAUUUUGAUUUCCGGAGUUAAAAAUCCUUUCUUCUCUUUUGUCAUUUUUUCUAUUUGAUUCCUGUUUGUGCUUGUUCUAUCAGCCAGAUCUUUCAUUUUUCUGUCAAUGAAUAAUCUGUCCAAUCCAAAAAUCGAAUUUGAAUGGACGAUUCGUGAAUCAUCCGAUUACUGAUUAUCCCAUCUUUUUCUUUUUUCGUUUCACUCAAUUCAGAUAUUUCUCUUAAUCCAAAUAAUGGAAUUGGGUUUCUUUUUGAAAGUUCUUUUUUUAUUCCUUUUUUUUUUUUUUAAUGUUUUAGAGGAGACAUUUUCUUCUUUUUAACCCGAACUAAAAAAAAAAAUUCGAAAAUUGCAAAAAAGAAGUAUUUUUGCUUCCGGACCACCUUUUCCAGCCAGAUAGCGAGCGAUCACUCAGCAAUGAACACUAACUGAAAGCGGCCGGGAAUGAGUACCUAUCCCUUACGGGAAUCGAACCCGUGUCUUCGACAUGAAAAGACGAUGUCCUAACCACUGGACGAAAGGGACCAAAAAGCCAUUCUUCAUAUACCUCAGCUCCGAGAAUAGAAGUGGUUCGUUUUCUUUCUAUACGCAAUUCAAGAUUUCGUUUGUGUUCAUGUUGGCGAUUUCUGAUGUGAAUUCGGCGGGUCGUCCCCCCUUCCUACGGGUUCUCCCACCGCCCCAGUGACACACCAACCACGCCCCUUCCCUUUCUCCGAUCAUCAAGCCCCCUGAUCCCUUUCUUUGUCUUUCAUCCCCCCUGAACAGAAUAGCCCCGUUCUUUCGAAUUCAAAAAAGAAAAUAGGUGAACAUGUUUCCCCUUUGAAGUGGCGAAGGCCUAUGCCUAAAGUAAGAAAAAAAGUAGGUUAAGGUUACGAAGUAAGGUCAGCUGGUUAAGGAAAGCUCAGGUUAUGAAAUCGCUUAGCCGUUAAUUAAUGAAAUUAAUUAAGUAGUAGUGAGGCGUCGGUACGGAGUUGCGUCAGCUGUAGAUAUAGACUAGGCUAAGGGACAGACUUCAUCUCUUCUAUUCUCUUCACUUACACCAACCACUUCCGCUGAGUCUAACGAGGCUCAGGUGCGGGGCCUUCCACUGUGGACCGAGACUACGCAAAGGUAGAAAUAGAAACUUCGCUUACUUUCUCAUAAACCUUGAUUUCGCUACGCUCAAUAAGAACCCGGAAUAGCGGAAAUCGGUUCGUGUUCCGCUUCCAAAGUAAGUCGUCUUUGCCCAAGUUUGAACUGCAGACGACUCUCCAGUGGUUCCAUUCCUUCUUACUUGACUUCUGGGUCAACCCAACCCGAAUGGGAAGAAGAGGGUCAGCCAAACAGCGGGUAGCUCCACUUUGUACAUUUUCUGAGGCAGACCAAUCAGGCAUUUUAGAAAAGGGAAGGGAACUUAUCACCGAAGGAGGCAGUAAGAAUGAAGGAGGUGGGAAGCUACCGCUGCAAGCUUAUCCUUGACUUUUUUUUAGAGCGUACCGCUAUUGAAUUUAAAUAAUAAAAAAGGUUGUUGGAUGAAAUAAUCGGAGUGACAAAUGGUUACGGUUGAGGAAACCGGAUAAAGUCGGGAACCGUCGGUUACCUUUUGAAUCAAAGUAGCGACGAGCCUAGUACUACGACUACAGGGGGGGAAGCUACCGCUUCGUAGACAGCUUCGCUUCCUCGUCGCUUCUUUCUGGCGACUAGCUUCUCAAGUGGGUGGCUUGGUAAGCAAGCUACCUUCAGAAUCAGUAAAAUCCCUAUCAAUAAUAGGCCGGAAUGGUGGGUUUGGAACCCUACUUCAAUGGAAAGGGGGAAUCGCCCUUUCACAGCCGCUCCUCUACAACUACCUUUCGCCCAACAUGAUCACGAACGAAGACAGAGAAUUGCGUAUAUAGGAGGAGGAAACAAACCAACCCACUUGUCCUGAUCAGAACGAUUGAAGAAAGAGAAUGGUGGCCCCUUUCGCCCAGGGGACAUCGUCGGAGAACAAUGUCGGGGACAGGGUGAGAACCUUCCGUUGGUUACGCCCUUGUUGUGUUGGUUCUUCCAUAUUUAGAUAUGGAGAUAGAUCCAGAUAGAGAUCUAUCUCUUUCUAUCGAUAGAUAGAUAGAAAGAGAAAUGGAUAUUGAUCUGGUUUCAAGAUCUAUGAAGAAGAGAGAUCCCUAAAUAUCCAUUGGAAAAAAGAGAUGAAUAGAGUUGAUAGGGCGGAGCCAGCGGAAGGAAGGUCGCUAACGCGACCCUGCAAUCUUUCUAAAGCAACAAGGGAGAAAGUUUACUUUGAGAAAGAAGGUGCUUACUGCUCGCUCGCUGUCUACUAAACGAGCCUUCACUGCCCGCCCGGCCCCUAUCUUUAAUCUUAAGUAAAGAGUGAAGUCAAAUCAAUGAAGUGAACAGCCCAACCUCUUUGUUUGAAGCUUUGCCAGGAAGCUUCUACUUGUUGAAGCUUUGCUUCCCCUAAUUCCAAAACACAACAAUAGACUUGCAACUAGAGUAUAGGAAAAAGCUUCUCUUUGAUAGCGGGGGGUUCAGAAAGGAUCUGAUCGUAGAUAGAGACUGAAACCUGUGCGGGGGGAAGGGCGGAUGUAGCCAAGUGGAUCAAGGCAGUGGAUUGUGAAUCCACCACGCGCGGGUUCAAUCCCCGUCGUUCGCCCAUCAAUAAAUGGACCAUUUGUUACGGAGACACAAGACAAACCUAGAAAGCAUUUUUUCUGCAAGUCAUCUCGAGGCUUUCAAACGCAUCCAAGCAAUGGGUAUCCGAUUGAAAGAAACCAUAGAUUCGCGUCGCCUACUUGCUGAAAGCACAAAUGGGAUGGCUGAUCAUGAAUUCUAUGAAUUUUUUAAGACCUCACUAAUCAGCCUUACACUUUUUAGUUCAUAAUGAAUGAAAUGAACCCCCGGAUGAAGAGAAAAUCUUCCCUCCCUUUGACUAAACCAUGGGGAGCCCCGAGUAGUUUACCGGACAAAUGAAGUUGUCGUGACGAUACCUUUCUUAGUUGAAGAUGGGAAAAGACUUCUCUUCAUCACGAGACUGAUCGGAUCUGCCGUAGACACCCGAGAGACCUCCACAAGGCAGGCUAAAAGAGUAAGAGGGCAACAAGCAAAGAGUUAUGCUUUCAUUUCUUUGUUGAGAUUGAAAUCAAGUUCUUUAAAAAGGGGCUAGGUAUAAUGCACGCAGGCCAAGUCAAGAAAAGGACGUCCUUACUUUUCUUUCAUAGUCGUCAACAUGACUAGUAGUUUGAAGCCUUAAGAAAACGGUUUUUUUCGGCACUCGGUUCCUUCGUCUUAAGUCAAGUUCAGUUUACUUUUUCGAUUCGGAACUCUUAGUCGAGCUGAUGGCGAGAUCGAUUUUUUGUUCGAGGUUAAAGAGGAAAGAGAGGAACCACCGCCCAAUGGUGCUUUUACGAAAGUACGGUCACCGGUGGCUAAUACCUUCUCGACACUAUCGAACCGUCAAUCCACUCUCAAUCGCUCUUUUUAGUGGGGAGGAAUUGUUUUCGUAUCCUGGACUUAAGGAAGGCAAAAAGUGCCCUAUCCGCCUUGUUGGGGGGGGGCAGUGCCAGUUCUUUCUUUUCAUUUCAAGUCAAGCUCCGUAUCCCUAUCUCUUUUUAGGUUGGCAUAACAAAGAAAGAUGGUGCCAAGAAAGAACACAUACCCAUCACUUUUUGAAAGUUCGGGAUCGUCAGGGAGCCCCUAUAGACGUAAAGACUUGACUUCACUGAACCGGCACUACUAUUUGUCGGCUCCUACCACUCGUCCCUCGUCUGCUCGUCGAGUGCGUCCCUUGCCCUUGCUCGUCUCUAGUCGUUUUUUCUCUAGUAGCCGAUCGACUUUCUUCGCCCCUCUCCCGCUUAUUGAUUAGGGCGAGUCACUCAAGUCCCUUGUCAUUCGUCCCUCUUUUACGAAAAUCCCGGGGUUUAUGCGUUUUUCGGAAACUCAAGUCGCUCGUCAAGCUAAAAACAGAGGAGUUCCCUCACUACGAAAGGUGUCCCGUGGAUGGACGAGUUCCUAAACUACGAAAGAUAUGGAGCGGAUGGCGUACUGAUAGAUCUCCUAUUCGUUCUGGAUCCAGCUGAAAAAGCCCUUUUUUUUUUUUUAUUAGUAAAGUUGCUCGAGACCGGAGAAUUUUAAUACAAUCUAGAAGAUCUGGUCGAAUGGUAGAAGAAUCUAUGGGUUCGUUAGGAAUCGAUAGUCGUUGUCUGGACAUACGAGUCACAGCCGGCCGGGAAGAGGAGAGAUCAACGACGAAGCUACUAGUUGGAAAGGAAAGGACAAGACCACCUUUCGUACAUUUCUACUGGUCCAGAAUUCUAAUAGCGAACGAAAGACCAGGAGAUUGGAUUUAGAAAGCACUUCCAGCAGGGUUGACGGCUGUGUGGCCCUCAUUCAGCUGGAAGUAGGAAAAAAAUCCCGGCACGACCGAUGACUUAGUCUUCCUUCUCCGCUUCGACUCAACCACCUACCUAACUUCUUAGAAAAGAUCCGAUAGAUAGCAGCUACCUAAGGCGCUUUUAAGCCCUUCACCAAUCACGGGCUUUCAUCUAGUAAGUCCUAGUACUAUGUUCUCCAAGCUUGACUAAUAGAAUAGGCAGGCCUUUUAGAGAACAGUAGAAUGUUGGGUUAGCUCUGCCUUUAAGUGAUAGGGGGCUGAGGGGUGACCGAUCCGGUCAGUCAAAAAA